AUGCUUGUCGUUGGAGGAGAGGUCGAUGUGGAGAGAGAGAAACGAGAGAACGGGAAGGAGAAUAAAGAGUAUAAAAUGCUCGACUGGAGAAAAGAAGGGACAGCGACAGGGCCAACAGCAAUGGAAGGAAGGAAUGAAGGCGAAUGGGAAUGGGGAGAUGGGAAGGGCAUGGAAACACGACAGGGACAAGGGGACGGGGAUCCAGGGGGUGUGACCCAAGCAUGGAUGUUGAUGUGGACCUGA